ACACAAUUAUCCACAGAAUCAACCCAACUCCACCACAUUCUGCACAUAUAUACAAAAACACCAAGAGAGAAGCUUAAUUACCUGAUCGAUCAGUUCUUCUCCUUUCUGUAUAUUUUCUUGAAGAAAUUAAACCAGCUUUGAUCUCUGCAUUGCCAUGCCGUAUAAAGGAAUGAGGAACCUUUUAUUUUCCCCGAAAAGAUCUCCUUCUAGUUCCAACUUCCUUUCGCCUUCCAGAACCGAACUUCCAAAUUCAACUCCCCGGCGUUUGUUCUCCGACGCGAUUAUGGAUCGAACUCUGGAAGUCGCCGGCUCCAUAAUCAUGAAAUGGAACCCAGAUACUUCAACAUUCGCAAACGUCACUUCUCUCUUCUAUGAGAACCGUGGUGAGGCCAAUGAUUUCAUCAAGAACGUCAACGAUUUGCAAAGGGCCAUGCACUUUUUAGCCUCUGAGAACUCCGGCUCAGAAAAGCUCGUUCGUGCCCAAAACUUGAUGCAAAUCGCAAUGAAACGACUCCAAAAAGAGUUCUAUCAAAUUCUCUCCAUGAACCGAGCUUAUCUGGAUCCUGAGUUGGUCUCAGCUCGAUCGUCGGUUGCUUCAACUCGAUCGAGCACAUCCGACUACGAAGACGAAGACGGUGAUAUUGGACCCGAAGAUGAUAUUAAAAUUGCUGGCGAUUCCAUCUCAGAAGUUGAAGAUGUUUCGAAUAUGGCCAUGGUGGAUUUGAGAUCAAUUGCUGAAUGUAUGAUUUCAUCUGGAUAUGGUAAAGAAUGCGUGAAGAUAUACAAAAUUAUAAGGAAAUCGAUAGUUGAUGAAGGCAUAUACAGACUCGGAGUUGAGAAAUUGAGCUCUUCACACCUACGUAAGAUGGAUUGGGAGGUUUUGGAGCAGAGAAUCAAGAAUUGGUUAAAUGCUGUGAGGAUUGCGAUUAAAACUCUCUUCAAUGGAGAGAGAAUUCUUUGCGAUCACGUCUUUGCAUCCUCGGAAUUAAUCAGAGGGUCAGUUUAUACUGAGAUAAUUAAAGAAGGAGCGUCAAUCCUGUUUGAAUUCCCGGAAAAUGUGGCUAGAAACAGCAAGAAAUCGCCGGAAAGAGUUUUCCGGACUCUCGACAUGUACACAACCAUUGCCAAUCACUGGCCGGAGAUCGAGUCCAUCUUCUCCUUCGAAUCAACCUCCGACAUUCGAUCUCAAGCACUGACAUCACUCGUCAAGCUCAGCGAAUCUGUAAGGACAUCGUUAAUCGAGUUCGAAUCUGCGAUUCAGAAGAAUUCUUCAAAAUCACUGGUCGCCGGAGCUGGAAUUCAUGCUUUAACGACUGAUGCGAUGCACUACCUCUCUCUCCUCGGCGAUUACAGCAAUAUACUGGCGGAUAUUCUAGCAGAUUUACCACUGCCUGUGAAAUCUUCUUUGCCUGAGUCGUACUUCGACGUGUCCGAUUCCGAAGACUUUCCGUUACCGGCGAUUUCUCUCCGAUUCGCGUGGCUGAUACUCGUUUUACUCUGCAAACUCGACGGCAAGGCAAAGCACUACAAAGACGAUUCGCUCUCAUACCUCUUCUUAGCCAACAACUUAAACUACAUCGUUUCUAAAGUCCGUAAAUCCAACAUGAAGUAUUUACUCGGCGACGAUUGGUUAACCAAGCACGAAACAAAAGUCAAACAGUUUGCACUGAACUACGAACGGAUAGCAUGGAGCCGCGUCGUAGGUUCCCUCCCGGAGGAUCCGACGGCUGUAAAGUCGCCGGAGGAUGUGAAGGAGUGUUUUAAGAGAUUUAAUUCGUUGUUUGAUCAGGCGUACAAGAAGCAGUUUGUGUGCAUCGUACCUGAUUGUAAGCUCCGGGACGAAAUCAAAGUUUCUCUAGCCAGAAAGCUUGUUGGGGUGUAUCGGGAGUUCUAUGGUGUUCAUAGGCUUGUGAUUGGAAGAGAGAGAGAUUUGGCUCUUGAGGUCAAAUAUACCCCUGAGGAUGUGGGGAACUACUUGUCAGAUUUGUUUUUUGGGAAGACUUUGUCAGGGAGUUCAUCGUCAUUUUCCAUGUCAACGUCACAAUUGCGGCCACGUUGAGGG